UCCUCUAUACCAGCAUCAACCUAAUCUCUUUUCAAAUUUUCAUUUUCCAAUUACCCCUUCAAUAACCAAAACCAUGUCUUUCCUCUUUGGCGGUCCCCCCAAGAUGUCCUCGGCAGAGAAGAUUGCUGCCGCAGAGACCGAAGUUGAGAUGAUUUCAGACAUGUUCAACCGUCUGACCGAGUCUUGCACCAAGAAGUGCAUUCCCAAUGACUACCGUGAAGGCGACCUGAACAAGGGCGAGUCCGUCUGUCUCGACCGCUGCGUCUCCAAGUUCUUCGAAGUCAACAUCAAGGUCAGCGAGAAGAUGCAGGGCGAAGCCGCCAACAAGCAGGGCGGUGGUAUGGGAUUCGGCAUGUAAUGGAUGAGAAGUCUGCUGCCUCACGGACAAACCUCCCUUCCGAAACAUAAUCUAUGUUCUUUUUACGCUUGAGUUUGCCUUUAUGUUGUCCUUGUCAGGCGCGGAUCUUGCCUUGGUUUCAGAGAUCAUCUUUUCCCGGGAAGCGUUGCAUUUGGGUUUAGCUCUCAAGAUUGUCGAUUCCGGGG